GGCUUUUUUUUAUUUUUAUUUAAACCUGCUGCUCCUCGCUUCCACCGGCUGUCGUCAUAUUCUGCACUGCUGCUUCCUCUUCUUCCUCUCUUCUUUAAUAGCUCUAAAGUCUCUCACUCUUGUAUUCAUGCGUCGCUCUUCUUCUGCCGCGCGGAGGGGCAGACGCUCGACUCCUCCUCCGCCGCCGCAGUCUCAACUACGACGCGACGGCGAUGACGGCACCGGCUACGCCGACGGCACCUCCACCCUCUCGACCGCCAUCGAACCCCUGGUCUACAUCCUCGCCACGCCCCCUCCUCGCCCGGGCUACAACAUCCACACCGCUCCGCUCGCGUUCCAGAUCCAGCAACUGCAAGGCAACCGGAUGAUGCCGAUGAUGGACAUCAAGCGGCCAAAGAAGCAGGUUCUCACGCAGCUGCCACUCGCCGCAGCGCCGCUGCGCGUACGGCACGCUGCCGCGCGCAUCAGCGUCCACGACCACCAGCUGCCGCAGUUCGCGGGCUUCCCCUGCGACGACGGCGAAUCGAAGCGGUCGGCGGUAGUGCACGCGUCCGGGCACACGCUGCGGUUCCGCCACUCGAACGGGACGGUCUGGCGCGUGCGACGCGACGGGGCGUCGUUCGUCGUCUACUCGUCCUCGCGGCUCGAACCAAACACGCACCACGUCGUCGGGUGGUGGUCGAAGCCGGACCACGCCGCGAAAAGGGACGAUUCGUGCUGGUCGUUUGUCGCGCACGGCCGCGUGAUGGCGACGAUGCGCAACGCGCGCAUCGAGGUCAGUCAGUACGCUGACCUGAUCUCGCACCGGGGAUAUGUUGGCUGCCUGCGGUUCGAGGAAGCGCUCUGUCUGACGGCGAUCUUCAUUGCGGGAGUCGAGGUGUUCGGUGUGCCGCCAGAAGUGGACUCGCAGCACCCACUCUCAAUCACGCAGACCGAGUCGCUUACGUCGACGUUGUCGGCGAGCAUGCUGCGGUCGCACUCGACCUCUACGCUACUAGGUCUGAACCACCGGUUGAUCCCGGAGCAGAGCACUGUCCCGCCGCUGCCGUCGUUCGACAAGAUGACGACGACGACGACGAAGAACAGCAGCAGCAAGACGCAGCAUGCGAACGAGGGCAAGGCGGCCGUGAUCUCGCGACACCGGUCGCUUCCGGUGGGCGCGGGCAUCGACGAGGUGCUGAUGACGCUGAUCGGGCCGGCUGGGCUGAUGACGCGCGGGUGGAGUUUGCUUCGGAGAGGCAGCACGACGGGUCGCAAGGCGAGCAAUGUCGCUGUUGCGCACUGAUGCCGAGGCAUAACUUUGGUUAUGAUUGUAAAUAUGAGGAUUUCUUGUACAUAUCUUUUUUCCUACUCUGUUUUACUCAGUUGUAUGCACAUAUGCAGGCGUUCAGGUCUUUGUUUUAUCUAUUGUGAAGAGUAAUAAUAAUAAUGGGACAUCUUUGCUAUCAACACA